GGCAAAAAGACGCUGCAUUGCUGUAAACAAGCGAGAUUUGCGCGAAGAAUGCGGGAAAGUGACUGCACCAACGAUGCGCAACGCUGCGCAACGCUGCGCGAGGCGUGCCGUUGCAUUGAUUGAGCAAAUGCACUCAGGGAGCAAAAACUAAUGGACGCCGCCGCCGCAGCCCUCUACAAGGAAGGCUACGCCGUCGCACCGAUCACCUUAAAGACGAGACAAGCCGCGCUCGCUGCGGCGCGCACAUUCUUCGAGCUGCCCGACGCCGUCAAGCGCAAAGCCAUCGCACCAAAGCGCCAGGCGACGCGCGGCUACUCGCCGCCGAACGCCGAGAACUACGCCGCGCUGGGCGGCGUGGCGAACCAGCCGAACGACGCCGUCGAGAAGUUGAGGCUCGGCGCGUGGCUGCCGUUCGGCGGCGACGCCUCAGAAGCCCAGGACGGCGUUUCCUGGCCGCGCGAGGCGAAGGAAUUGCGGGACGCGCUCGUCGCGUUUGGGGCGGAGGCGGCGGCGGCGGCCGUGCGACUCGUCGAAAAAUGCGCCGCUCGCGGUGGCUGGGCCGCCCCAACGGCGGGCUGCCGCGCCACGUUAACAGUGAACGGCUACGGCUUCGCCAACACACCAAAAAGCGGCACGCUCGUAGCCGCACAUACGGACGUCGGCGUGCUGACGCUCGUGACCUUCGACGCCGGCGCGUGCGGCCGCCUCGAGUUCGAGUGCGACGAGGGCGGCUGGCGCGCGGCGCCGGCGGACGGCGUGCUGAUCCACGCGGCCGACGGCAUCGCGGCGCUCGCGCCCGGCGCGCCUGUAAUUAGACACCGGGUCGCAGCGACGGGCGUCAAAGGGAGCCGCGUCUCGCUCGCGCUCUUCGUCGACCUCCCGCCGGACCACCGCGUGCGGGGCGCGACGUACGCGGCCUGGCGGCGCGACCGCAUCCGGCGCGCGCGGGCCGUGGGCGCGCAGAAGCAUCAAGAGGACGAGAGGCAGACGCAGCAGAGGCUGCCGCCUGACGAGCGGCAGACGGCGCUGCGCCUGUACGCCCUGACGCCAGCAUCACAAAGGCGGAUCCUCACGGAGGCGCAAAUCGCAGCUUUUAUCAGAGAAGGCUACGUCGUCGUCCCCGGAGUUGUAACAACGGAGCGCCUCGCUGCCGCACGGCGCGGCCUCGCCGCGACCCUGGCGCGGCACGGCGUCUCCAUGGAGGACGCGGCGACGCACGAGGGCCUGCGCCGGCUCUCGACGACGCGCGGCGCCGGCGGCGUGCUCGACCUCUUCUACGACCGCUGGAAGCUCGAUUUGACGUUGGGGACGUCCUUGUACGCUGAUUGCUACCGCGACCUCUUCGCGGCGACCUACGGGACGAACGCGGGGCUUUGGGCCCACCCCUACGGCCCCGUCGCCGCCGAGGCGUUGUGGGCCCACGUCGACCGCGUCGGCGUCCGCGUGCCCGACGCGGCGGGCAAGAAACGGGCGCUCCAGCGCUCGCUGACGCCCCACCUCGACUGCUGCCCCGACCGCCUGCACGCGGGCGGGGGCAAGCGGUUCCCGCGCUGGCGGCCGAUCCAGUGCUUCCUGGCGCUCGACGGCGCGCUCGAGGCCGACCAGGGCGGCUUCGAGUGCUGCGGCGGGUUCCACCGGCGCUUCGAGGCCUACUACGCGGACCGCGCCGCGCGCGCCGGCGGGUCGCUGCCGUGCGUCGGCGACUUCAUCGCCCUGACGAUGCGCGACGACGCUGCUGUCGUUGCGGCCGUCGGACACGUCCCGGUUCCUGCUGGUGCGGCGGUGUUCUGGGACCAGCGCGUACCGCACGCGAACGCUCGACGGAAUACGAAGCACGAGGCGAGGGCGGUCGCCUACGGCGGGUUUCUCCCCCGCACGCCGCUGAACGAUGCGUAUGCAAUCGAACAGCGGCGCCGCUUCCUCCUCGGCGAGCCGCAGCCGGACUUCUGGACCGACGGCCCGCCGCCACCGGCCCCGCCGGACCACUCCGCUACCGUGGACGCGCUGGGCCCGCACGCGCGGAGCCUGCUAGGAAUACCUUGA